GCUGCGCGUGAGUCGUAGCCCCGCCUGUUGCGGCGCUGUGCUAUGGCGGAAUUGGACAUAGGACAGCACUGCCAGGUGGAGCAUUGCCGGCAGCGAGAUUUUCUCCCAUUUGUUUGUGAUGGUUGUUCAGGAGUAUUUUGCCUUGAACACAGAAGCAGGGAAUCACACAGCUGCCGUGAGGUGACCAUAAUCAAUGAGAGACUGAAGUCGGAUAAGCCCACGUCUUACCCAUGCUCGUUCAGGGACUGUGCUGAAAGAGAGCUUGUGCCAGUUAAAUGUCCUUACUGUGAGAAGAAUUUUUGCCUGAGGCACCGUCAUCAGUCGGAUCAUGAAUGUGAAAAACUGGAAAUUCCUAAGCCUCGUAUGGCUGCCACUCAGAAACUUGUUAAAGACAUUAUUGAUUCUAAGACAGGAGGGACAGCAAGUAAACGAAAGAAAGGUGCAAAAAACAGUGAAACGGCUGCAAAGGUAGCACUGAUGAAAUUAAAGAUGCAUGCUGAUGGAGAUAAGUCAUUACCACAGAAAGAAAGAGUUUACCUUCAGGUUUUCUUACCUAAGGGGAGCAAAGAGAAAAGCAAACCAAUGUUCUUUUGCCACCGAUGGAGCAUUGGAAAAGCCAUAGACUUUGCGGCUUCUUUAACCAGUCUCAAAAAUGACAAUAAUAAAUUAACAGCUAAGAAAUUAAGGUUAUGUCACGUUACUUCAGGAGAAGUCUUACCCUUGGAUCAUACUUUGGAAACCUGGAUCGCUAAGGAGGAUUGCCCUUUGUAUAAUGGUGGAAAUAUUAUCUUGGAAUAUCUUAAUGAUGAAGAACAGUUUUUAAAAAAUGUUGAUUCUUAUUUGGAUUAG